AUGGAACCAGAAGAUACCCGAAAGCAGCUCGCCAAAUAUUGCGUCUUGCUUGAAGCUCUCCGGAUCCUCAUGGACGACGAUUACAACCAGACUGUUCAGAAUCGGCCCAUUCCACCAGGACUGCUGGGGCUACCGCGGCCCACCCCGGACAGGAGGAACGGCAUCCCCGAGACCUUCAAGGAGUUUCUCAACGCACUAGCAGAGAUACGCAGCAUUCAGGAGACAGAUGAGCGUGUGUUUCUGCAAUCCGAAGCAUACAAACAACUGUUGUGUACCGUCAUUGGAGACAAUAUCAUCAAGAUCAAGUAUUACCGAAAGCGGCUGGGAAAGGCCGUGAAGGAAUUCAUGGAAAGGUACCUCAAUGAGACACUCGAAAACAUUCUUCUUGAUAUCGAGGCCUCAAAGACAAAGUCAGGAACUGAUCGUCAAGAGUAUCGCGAUCUUAUUCUAAACUGCGGAGUCCUCAUUGGGCACGAGGAUAGACUCUUCAAAUGUUUACGCGAUGCAAACGUUGAGAUACCCGACUGCUGGGGUGCCAUUUUUCAUUACGCAGAAAGACUUCAGUCCUACCGUACCAGUGUCAGGGCCUUCUUCCAAGCCAGGACCGAGUACGAUGAAUUGUUUGCUAACCCUGUGGUUAACUUCGUCCCACCCAAAACUGCAAGGCAAGUACCAGUCGACUGGACUCUCCAAGAUCUCACCAACUACUUCAACAGGAGCGAAUACCGCAAGGAUCUCUGGAGCUCAGAGGACAUUAGGAAAGUGCACGCUGAGAUUCAAAGGCUCUUGGGCGAGUCGCGUGAGGGGAACGAAGUCGGAUUCCACCGCAUCGUCCAUGCGGAGGUCGCCCUAACACAUUGGUUCUACAGCGAGAGGCCCGGAAGCGGUAAUUUCUCUGAAAGCUCAGACACCAGCAAAUUCUUUUGCGACCACCGCUAUGUUGCGACGAGCAAGCCAUGCUGCCUCAUGUGCAAGCAAUUCUGUGAUUUGUACGUUGCUGGCAUAAGAUGCCGGCCGUUUCACACUAGGAUUUACGCAAGGUGGACUCUUCCAGACUUUGAAGAUUGUUAUACGAAGGAGGCCGAAGAGGAGCUACUGGGGAUAUACAUGUCAAUGGCUCAUAAGUUCGAGGAAAAUUGCUCUCUCAUCCUGGCCAAAUGUAAGCCCGAGUUCGCCAGAAGUUCGUUUGACGAAGAGGAGCAUUUCGACUACGACGAUUUCCGUAGGCGCACAUCUCUCGAGGAUUGA